AUGGGACCUUUACCAGGAGAAAGUAAUUCUGCUUUGAAUAAAUUCUUUCCUGCUUAUUAUAAAACUAGGCCCUUAGUUAGUAAGAAUAAGAUAAAUGAAGAUGGUCGUCCAAUCUUAGCAGAUCCUAAUGGUGCAGAAGAUACUUCGACUACUUCGAAACCGCCGGUACAUUCGAAGCGAAAAGCUUCUCAAACAGUUGUUUCAGAUGAUGAAGACAAAUCUCCCCCUCGCACCAGGCAAGGACACAAGAAAAGACAGAAGACUGUCACUCCUUCAGGCAAAGAAAAGGGGUCUGGUUCUUCGAAGAUUACUUCGCCAAGUGAUAAAGUGUCUUCUGAAGAGUCACCCCUGCAAGUCGCUAACAAAUCUCACGUGCUUUGGCCAUUUGUCGAAGACGCUCAGCCCCUAGCGACCAUUAUUCCUACUAUGCCAGUUGAAGAAAGCCAUUCAACUGAUGAUUCUCCUCCUACCCACAAAAGCGGAAAUAUGGGAGCAGAUCGUCAAUGUUCAAGUAGUAACAAUGCAGCUGGACACCUAACUGGCAGUGAGGAUACUGUAUCUGAACAAGAUGCUAUGGAGGAAACUUCCAAACUAGCCACAGCUGGUCCUCACGAAACUUCACCCUUUGGGACCAUAGUGGCUUCUCAUAGUUCUUCUUGGAAAGCUGCUACUGAUGCGACGAAGAAGGGCGACGCUCUCAAGCUUAAACGCUCAGAGAAACAAAAAGAGUAUGACGAAUGUGAGCAGAAUAUCAAAUCCUGGAAGCAGGAAAUUACUAAGCUCGAAGAGAAGAUAAAAGAAGCUGAAUCUCGUCAGGCAACAAUUCAACAAAUCAAUGAGCAGGAAUUGGCUGAAGUUGCAAAUUUAGGAAUCCAGCAUUUCGAAGCUGCGCAGAAACUAGUGCCCGAAAUCGAAGAAUUGAAGAAACAACGAGCUUUGAUUGAACUUUGCAUGUCUUCAUGGGAGGUUCAAUAUUCGAAGAUAAAGGACAAUCUUCCUAGGGAUUUCAAUUAG